UAAAUUGGCGGGUCGGAGUUUGUGGGAAAACAAACGGAGGAGAAGUUUUCCCGGAGUCUCGAGCUAUUCUCCUUUGUUUUCAUGAUCUUCAUCAGUCACUCCUCCUCCUCUUGGUCCGCUGGGCAGUGAGGCUCCCGCAACGGACAGACCGAGCCGGAGGAAGAGGAGGAUGCGGAGAUGAAGCUGCUGCUGUGGAUCGUCGUGUUAUCCCUGCGGAGCCCCGCGGGGAGCUGUGGGAGCGCAGGUGUGGUGUUCACAAAGCAUCCGUCCAAUCAGACGGUGUCUCAGGGGAACGAGGUGCGGCUGGGCUGUGCGGUAGAAGGCGUGACGGAGCCGGAGAUCACCUGGAUGAAGGACGGCGAGAAGCUGUACAGCACAGAUCAGGUGUUCCUCACGCUGGGAGAGCAGCACUGGGAGACGUCACACAGUGUGAAGUCGGUCCAGCAGCUGGAUGCGGGUCAGUACUGGUGUGAGGUGGAGUUCCACGGCCUGACCUUCUCCUCUGAGCGCGCCUGGAUUACAGUGGAAGGAGUUCCUCACUUCACCCAGGAGCCUCAGGAUGUGGCGAUGUUCGCCGGCACGCCCUUCAACCUGACCUGUGCCGCCAUCGGCCCCCCCGAGCCCGUGGAGGUGCUGUGGUGGCUGGGAGGAGUCCAGGAGGGGGAGCCCAGACCCUCACCUUCCAUCCUUCACGUCCCAGGUGUGAACAGCAGCAUCAAGUUUUACUGUGAAGCGAAGAAUGCCAGGGGCGUCUCCGUGUCCAGGACUGGAACCGCUCAUAUCAAAGUGCUGCCGGAGGCGCCGGUCAGCCUGCAGAUCGUAGGGAUGGUGGAUAACAACGUAACGUUGUCAUGGAAACCGGGAUUCACUGGUCACUCUGAACUGUCCACCUGUAUCGUCCAGGUAAAAAACACAGCAGGAGAAGAGUAGAAACCAGUAGAAUCGAUAGAACCAGAGGAAUCAGUUGAUGCGCGAGUUUUUGUUGGCUCAUUUGUGCUUUUAUGUACCUGUGAGUCUGUGUGUCCCGCCUCAGUGCCCUCCGCCGCCCCCAGGAACCUGACAUUUGACCUCUCGGAGCGGCAGCUGUCUCUGAAGUGGGCGGAGCUUCAGGUGGACGAGCUGCAGGGUCGACUGUUGGCCUACAAGGUGCAGUGGACUGUGGGAGGAGAGGCUCAGGAGCCGCUCCUCUUUAAGGAGAACUCCGCCCACCUCUCUGGGGGUGGUCGUUUCUUUAACGCAUCCUUCCAGGUGGCGGCCUGCACGGCGGUGGGCUGUGGGCCGUGGAGCUCCCCGGUGCUGCUGCUGCCCCCUUCAGCGCAGGUCCGGGUCCCGCGGAGCCACAUGUGGGUCGGUCUGCUCCUCGGCCUCCUGGUCGCCACCAUCGUCGGGCUGCUGCUGGCUGUCGUCGCUCAGCGCCGCGGGAAGGAGAUGCAGUUUGGCUCGGCCUUCAAGUCUCCGGGUGCAGAGACCUCAGUGUCCUUCACAGCGGCGCGGUCCUUCAACAGGAACGUGACGGACCUGCAGGAGUCCACCUUGGACGGUCUCUGCAUCAACGACGAGCUGAAGAAUAAACUGAAGGACGUUUUGAUUUCUGAGCGGCUGCUGACGCUCGGACACAUGCUGGGAAAAGGUGAGUUCGGCUCAGUGCGCGAGGCCUUCCUGAAGACUGAGGACUCGUCUGUCCAGAAGGUGGCGGUCAAAGUACUGAAAUCUGACAUCACCUCGUCAGGUGACAUCGAGCAGUGUCUGAAGGAGGCGGCCUACAUGAAGGACUUCCACCAUCCCAACGUCAUCCAGCUCAUCGGAGUGAGCCUCCACCGGCGUCCCGGCCAGCGGCUGCCGAUCCCGAUGGUGGUUCUGCCGUUCAUGAAGCACGGAGACCUGCACACCUUCCUGCUGCUGUCCAGGCUGGGAGACGAGCCGUUUGACCUGUCUCUGCACACGCUGGCCCGGUUCAUGUUGGACAUCUCUCAGGGGAUGGAGUAUCUGAGCAGCAAGAACAUCAUCCACAGAGACCUCGCCGCCAGGAACUGCAUGCUGAACGAGGACAUGACCGUGUGUGUGGCCGACUUUGGCCUCUCUAAGAAGAUCUACAGUGGCGAUUAUUACCGUCAGGGCUCCGUCUCCAAACUGCCCGUCAAGUGGAUCGCUCUGGAGAGUCUGGCUGACAACGUGUACACCACGCAGAGCGACGUGUGGGCGUUUGGCGUGACGAUGUGGGAGAUCAUGACUCGCGGUCAGACUCCGUAUCCUGGCGUGGAAAACUCGGAGAUCUACGAGUUCCUGAUCAAAGGAGAACGUCUGAAGAAGCCGGCCGACUGCAGAGACGACAUAUAUGAGAUCAUGCACAGCUGCUGGAGUCCCGUCCCUAAAUGUCGGCCCAGCUUCCAGCAGCUGGUCGGCCAGCUGGAGGCGCUGUGGCUCAGCCUGUUGCCCGCCUCCCCUCAGAAGGAGCCGUUAUUCUACGUCAACCUGGAGGGCGACGAUGGUGAGCAUGGGGGAGGAGCCCGGGCCCCGGGGCCUGAGGAGGCGGUGGCGGCCUCAAACUGGGGCGUCCCAUGGCAGCGGCAGGUGGAGCACGAGGAGAAAGACUGGCUGAUUGGGUCUGGGGCGGCGUUUGCCAUCGGUGGCGACUACAGGUACAUCACCGGCCCCUGUGGAGUCUCCGAGGAGGAGGCGGGGGGGAGGUGGUCCACAGACACGUUACAGGAGGAGGCGAGGGACGAAGACGACGACGACGUCGUCAUCAACGUGUGACACAGACUGGCCAAUCUCAGCGCUCCUCCGUCAGCUGAUCAGACUCACUUUGAGGCACGGAGCAGCGGGCGGGCGGAGACGCACUGAGGGACAAUCACGACCGCUCCUCCCACUACGGUUCAGAACAAAGGAUCCAUGGAGUCGAUCAGCAGGUGAAUCAGUGACGGAGGGAGGUGCUGUUAGUCACCGAGAGGAAACAGAAGGGGGCGCCGAAACGCCUCAUUCAUUUCAUUAAUAAACGUUUUAUUUUCAGGUCAGUAAAUCAAUAACUCACGUUUUAUUGAUCGAUCAGCAGCUGCUUCUUUGUUCGACGAUUAAUCACUUCCUGUUAACUAAUCAAUUAAUCAGCCUGGAUAUUUUCUUUGCAGCUUGUGUUUUAGAGGACAUUACCAUUUAGGUCUGGAGCUGUGCUUUUAUUUUGAAAGACUGGGGGUUUCCUGAGCACACCCGUGACCCUUACCUGGGCCGGGAGCCUCCAGUUGGACAACCCUGCACUGAACCUGUAUUAACAGGGAAACAUUUCAGGUUUGACCUUCCUGCUGAAGCUCCUCCCACAAAGCAUUUUUCUGAAGCGCUUUGAUUUUAGUUUAUGAUGAGUUGAGAAAUUAUGGGAUGUGUGAAAGCUGCUGGACGUGUACGUGAGGCCUCUGUGGCCUACAUGUGGCCUACAUGUGGCUUCUAUGGUUUCUUCUUCACGGCGUGUCCCACCCUGUCAGUGUCUCUCUGCUGCCCCCGGUGGUGGCUGUUGCUGUAACAGUGAAGCUGUGUUUUGUUAUUACUGAAUUAACUUGAAGUUUUAGUGGCGACAGAUGACUGACCCUCUUAACUGAUUUAUCUUGUGUUGCUAUGACGACACUCUUACCUCUGUGUGUGAUGUCUCACUGACUUCAGGUCUGUAAGAAAGUGAUAAUUAAAUAAAGUGUUUCCUGUUUUCUGCG